GUCAUUUCCCUCUUUCUCACUCUCUCUUGUAUUAUAUAAACCUCUCUAGACACUUUCUUCUUCUACAACUCCUCAAAACCUUCAUCUUCAACCCAAUAUGGCUUCAUCUUCCCUUACAAUAUCCCCAAGAAAGCUCCGAUCCGAUGUCUUUUCCUAUUCUUACCAGGAAGACUCAAACACCCCAUUGGUGAUCAAUGUUCUUGCCUCACUCAUUGAGAGAAGUAUGGCCAGGAAUGAGAGGAUUGCCAAGAGCUGCAGAUGGGCCAUCAGAACCCGGGUUUUCGACUGCCACGAGACGCCGGACAUGACGAUCCAGUCCUAUCUAGAGAGGAUUUUUCGGUACACCAGAGCCGGACCGUCGGUUUAUGUCGUUGCCUAUGUCUAUAUUGAUCGGUUUUGCCAGAGAAAUGCAGGGUUCCGGAUCAGUGCCACCAAUGUGCAUAGGCUUCUCAUCACAACCAUCAUGGUGGCUUCCAAAUAUGUGGAGGACAUGAAUUACCGUAAUUCAUACUUUGCAAGAGUUGGGGGAUUGACGACAGAAGAAUUGAACGAGUUGGAGCUUGAGUUUCUGUUCUUGAUGGGGUUCAAAUUGCAUGUAAAUGUGAGUGUGUUCGAGAGUUAUUGUUGCCACUUAGAAAGAGAAGUGAGCAUUGGAGGAGGUUACCAUAUAGAGAGGACUUUACGGUGUGCAGGAGAAAUCAAAGGCAGGCAGAAAGCAGAAAGAGGGUAUAAUCAGAUUGCUCGUGUUAUGUUGUAGAAUUGAAUGAGGAGUUUUAUGAUUAUUUACUUUGUGAAUUUUACCCACUAUGUUGGUGUGGGUAAUUCUCUUGUACAGUAAAAGUAAAUUUUGUUUCUUGGGAAUUGUAUUAAGGAUUUACAAAGUGUCGGAGUAAUGUAAAACUAUUGUGGUUUGAUAUAUAGACAAGGGUAAAUAU